AUGAAGUACUUCCGGGUCAAAGGAAACGUCACAGGGUGAACUAGCUGGUUCCACUAUGGCAGUUUAUUAUUAUGGGGUGUUAUUUAGAAGUUCUGAUCUAAACUAGAGCUGAUAUCACCGUUGGAAGAAAACGGUCGGGUGAAAAGUCGAACAUCAUGAGGGAAGAUGAAGCCAACCGUCCCGGUUCUUCUGUUGAUCCUUCUCGCCACAGCAGGGCUGAACCGAGCCCAGUCCAGGACCUCUCUCCUGGAUCUGUCGGGGAUCCUCCCGAGCCUGAGCCGCCCGGCCAACCACAGCCGCAUCUUCUACGCUGUGAUGUUUGACGCAGGGAGCACAGGGACGCGCAUUCACGUCUACACCUUCAUCCACAGCUACUCGGAGCAGCUGCCUGUGUUGGACAAUGAGAUGUUCCAUUCCAUAAAGCCGGGUUUGUCAGCAUAUGCAGAAUACCCUGACACGGCUGGAGAAACGGUGAGGAUGCUGUUGAAGGUGGCCAAAAAGACCGUCCCCCGCCUGGACUGGAAGAGGACGCCGCUGGUCCUUAGAGCCACAGCUGGACUCCGUCUCCUGCCUGCAGCCAAAGCCCAGGCCCUUCUGGACCAGGUUCAACGCGUAUUCGACGAAUCCCCUUUUUUGGUGUCUGACAACAGCGUCAGCAUUAUGAACGGCACAAACGAAGGCAUUCUGGCUUGGAUUUCUCUGAACUUUCUAACAGGUCACCUGAACUCACACGCCAAGAAGACAGUGGGAAUCCUGGAUUUGGGAGGGGGGUCCACACAGAUCACCUUCCUGCCCAAACUGAGGAAAACAAUUGAGAGUGCUCCCAAGGAUGAUUAUGUUGCCAGAUUUGAUUUCCUCAACUCAACAUUUGAGCUGUACACUCACAGCUAUCUUGGAAAUGGACUAAUGGCUGCUCGACUUGCAGCGCUGGGUGCUCUGGGCGCAGAAGGGUUGGAGUGGCGGGUUUUUAAAAGCUCCUGCCUGCCGAAGCAGUUCAGGGAUGAUUGGAGCUUCGGAGGUCUUACCUACCAAGUGAGCGGAGACCCAGAGGGUCAAGCAGGAUACAAGCUUUGCUAUCAGGAAGUACUUAAGGUGGUGAAGGGGAUUAUUCAUCAGCCCUACGAGCUUGAAGACAGCAACGUGUUCUACGCUUUCUCCUAUUACUUUGACAGAGCUGUGGAUGCAGGCCUUAUCAAUAAUGUCCAAGGAGGAAUGCUGCAGGUCAGAGACUUCAAGAAGAGAGCCAAAGAGGUGUGCAAUAAGAUGACCAAGUACCCGUCUGUCAGCCCGUUCCUGUGCAUGGACCUGACCUACAUCACUUGUCUGCUGAAGGAUGGCUUUGGCUUCAAGGACAGCGCUGUCCUACAGUUAACCAAGAAAGUGAAGAACGUUGAGGCUAGCUGGGCCCUCGGUGCUGUGUUGGACCACUUUCACAACCUGAAGAUCCAUUAAGGAGCAAAUGCCUUCAAUCUUUUCUCACCUCCUUAUCCAGCGGCUGAGAAAUAAAUCAAUCUGAGCUGUAUCUCAGAUGUCUGUUAGCUGGUUGUGCAGAAAAAAGGUUUUGAAUUCUUUUUUUUUUUAUAUUAUUUUAUUGAAAGGAGUUCAUGUUUACCAUAAAAUGGUACAUGUUUGUUACAGGGUAGCUGUCAGAUCAGCCACUGAGGUUUCCAGGUAAUAGUUUUUUUCCCCCAUCUGCAAAUAUAGCAUCAAUCUCAAAGCUGAUGAUGCCGUUAAAACAUCUGUCAUAAUCUUUUUCCAACACUUCUUUGGGAGCAUUUUGGUUUCAUAACAUAAGGGAGAAAUGCUGUGCAUACAAACUGCCAUGACACGCAUGUCAAAAUAAAACUGUUUGCUAAUUACAAAUAUCUACAAGUG